CUAGCCAUGCAUGCCAACGUUGAAGAUCGAGGGAAUAAAGGCGACAUCACUCCCUUGAUGGCAGCUGCCAGCGGAGGCUAUGUGGAUAUUGUUAAACUCCUCCUUGUCCAUUGUGCAGAUGUCAAUGCACAAUCCUCCACAGGGAACACAGCUCUCACGUACGCCUGUGCCGGGGGCUUUGUGGACGUGGUGAAGGUGCUACUGAAAGCUGGUGCUAACAUAGAAGACCACAAUGAGAAUGGACAUACCCCCCUGAUGGAAGCAGCCAGUGCAGGGCAUGUCGAGGUUGCGAGAGUAUUGCUGGAAUAUGGUGCAGGAAUCAACACUCACUCCAACGAGUUCAAAGAAAGUGCACUUACACUUGCAUGCUAUAAAG